AUGUCGACUCAGAUGUUAGACGAUGACGACAUAUGGGACAACAAACACGAAAAACGCAAGAAGGAACAACAACGAGAGCAGAGAAGACGACGAAAAAGUUUAGUUUUGAUUCUUUUAACGCUGUGUCUCUUUCUUCUCGUCUGGUACGUCGAGCACAACGAGAGAGACGCGUUUUACGUUCGGGAAAUCGAUGAUGAUGUCUUCGACCCCGAGGACGGGAAAGGAGGAGGAGGAGGGUGGAAACGGUACGCCGUUCCGGCGCACGAAGAAAAAGAGGAAAACGAAUGCACGAUCGAUCGAUGUCACAUCCGAGACCUUUCCUUGGCAAAAUUUAAUCGAAAAUACCGAGAGAAGAAACCAGUCGUCGUGACGUUCGACACAAAAUUCGAUGAUGAAGAAGAGAAAAACGAGAGGGAGAGUGAUUUUUUUUACGAGAUGAAUAGGAAGGAAAAUGUCUUGAAAACGCACGGCGAGAAAACGAUUGUUUUAUCCUCCGCGAACACGUUUAGCUACGAGAAAAAAGAGGUCAAGUUAAAGGACUAUUUGGACGAAAGAGGAAAGUAUUUGAAACCAGUCCAAUUGCAUCAAAGAGCGGAUAAGAUUUGGUACUGGUUCGGCGAUAACGACCACGACGCGUUUGGCGAUUUUUUCCCUUCGUUUAAGAGGACGUCAUUGAUUGGGAAGAAAUACGUGCCGGAUAAUGCGUCGGUGGCGUAUUCGUACGGCGUGGGAGGGCCGUUGUCUGGAGUGCCGUACCACAUCCACGGACCGGGAUGGUCGGAAAGUAUUUACGGAAGGAAAAAAUGGUUUCUGUCCCCGCCGAUGUUUGAACCGGUAUUUAACGGGAACGAAACGGCGGCGAGAGCGGCGAUGCGAUUCAAAGCCAACGGGAAUAAGGCGAAGUUUAAGAUGAAGACCAUGAACAUGAACGGUAAAAACGAAAAUAAUAAGAAGAAGAAUAAGAACGGCAUCGAUGUGGAUAAAUACGGAAACGAGAAGAAAGUGCUCGCGUGCGUGGUUCACCCGAAUCAAGCCGUAUAUUUUCCCGAUAGAUGGUGGCAUGCUACAUUAAAUUUGGAUGAAAGCGUAUUCAUAAGCUCCUUCGUCAACUACUAA